AUGGAUAAAAUGAAGCGUGCUUUUGCUGUCCUUAGGCCAAAACUGAGAAAGGAGAGAGAAAAAAGAUUGUUUUGCUUCUACAAGAAUGGAGGCUUAGUAUUGGAGGAUCUCAUUGCUUCUUUUGGUGCACGUUAUGAACUUCCUGUCCGAAGCUUCACAGCUGAAGAAAUCAUCAGGGCAACCAGGAACUUUUCAGAACAAGUCCGUCAAACUAAGAUGGGUGAUAUGUUCACAGGAAACAUGGGAAAACGCCUGGUUUUAGUUCAAUUUUACAAUGGUCUGGGAAAAGAUUCAAGGUGGAAUGAAAAUGCUUCAAACAGAAUCAUCCGCGACAUAGUGAUGAGUUCACAAAUGAGGCACCUCAAGAAUGUCUUACAACUUAUUGGUUGCUGCCUGGAAUUCGAGCAUCCAGCCAUGGUGUAUUGUUAUGCUACUGGAACUGAAUUUCUUGUUGACUGCCUUAACCUGCCUGCUGAUGAUGGUAAAGAAAUACUGUCUUGGAGAAGUAGAAUAAAGAUCGCGAGUGAUGUUGCCAAUGUGUUGGUUUAUCUUCAUACUGCAUUUUCUACACCUGUCAUUUUUGGCAAUUUAACCAUAGACAAAGUGAUAAUAGACCAAUUUGGUGAUGCAAAAUUGUUCGACUUUGGCUUAUCUAUAUCACUUCCCCCUGGAGAACUAAAGGUGGAGAAUCAGCUUAGGUGGGCAGAUGUAUACACAGAUCCUCAAUGCUUUAAAUCAUACUUUGUCACACAGAAAACUGAUGUAUACAGCUUAGGCGUUCUUAUGCUCAUGCUCGUAACUGGAGAAACAGAUACUGUCAUGUAUCAUACAGGAAUCAAAAGACUGAUUCAUAUCCGAAAGCAUGUCAAAGGGUACCUUGACAAUGAUCAGCUCAACCAAAUUGUGGAUCCUAAGAUAAUGGAAGAGGUAGGAGAUAAUUGUGUGCAUGAGCUAGAGCAGCAGGUGCUAGCUUUCUUGGAUCUCGCUUUUAGAUGCACAGAACAUGAGCGAACCAGUAGGCCGGAUAUGAUUGAUGCAGCAAAAGAGCUUCGGCAGAUGGAGAAGUCUGUUUAUCGUUGCUAG